AAGGUGAGAUGUGUGGGAAGCACUUCUCUUCUAAGUUUCCUUGCGAUCUCUCUCAGAUUGAUGCCCUCAAUGAGAUCACAGGGGCUUGACAUUAGAAGAGCAGUAGAAGUAGAUAGAUAACAAGCAUUCCUAUGGUUCCCAUGGAUAUAAGCUUAAUCGAACACAGCUUCAAACUACAAGAUUGCAUUCCCUUCUAAAAGAAUGUCCAGAGUUGAACGCAGGAAGAGGCCGUCCCUGUCUUGCCUCCCUUGCUUUCAAGGCUCUCCGGUGUCGGAGCAGUCCGAUGUCCCGAAGCAGCAGUCCCUGUGUGCCUGCUCCGGACACAAGCUCGCUCCAUGGCUCUCCUGGUCACAACCUCAAAAGAAGAGGGCGAGAAAGAAGACGAGUCUAGCCGUCGAUGCUCCGGCCGCCGCCGCUGAUCGAGAGAGUCUCUUCUCUAAGUCUUGUCCCAAGCGACGCAGCCGCGAAUCCAAGCAUCCAAAUCUUCACACGAGCAACAAACCGGCCCAAUUACGUCGGAAGCCUCAAGACCGGUCCAGGCUUAUGGCAAGUAAAUCCGGUGACCCGGACCGAGCCGCUGUGCUUGGGCCGUGUAUCGGCUUAUGUGUCAUGGCACUGACGACGGCCGUAAUGCUUCUUUCCGGCCCUGGAACCGCUGCGAUUUGCCUCUUCUCCUGCUCGUAUCUGCCGCCCCUUCCGAGGACGAUGACGGCCGUGGUUGACGACCCUGCAAUUUCUCAGGCGGAAGCCAAUGGCGCCUCGAUGGAGCACAAGAAGAGGGUGAUAUUACAAGGGUUGCUGCAGAGGAAUGGCCCGCGAACUAUUACCGUUUGCUACUGAAGUGUAUUAUUAUAUUAUGCUUUUUUU